AUGGCCUCCACUCUUCUACCUCCCCCUUCUCCGACAACCCUGAAGCAACGAAAUUCAGUGCGAGAAUCUGAUGACGAAGAUGCUGAUACAGCCUCUCAGCUCUCGAUCUCCCUUUCUUCGCCGCCGAGGUCUCAACGGAACUCAACGGCCAGCAGCGAUCCUCGUCAAUCGUUCGCCUCACAAAGUUCGAGCUCAAUUUCGAACAGACAGUCAGGGAGUUUUGUAGUUCUGACACCAGAGGAGAGCGAGACGUCGUCUGUUACAAAGGCGGUCGAAGAAACAAUGGCCACGCCUUCACUACCUCCACCAGUCGUCGCCUCGAUACCACAGCCAGACUUCAGGCCUGUUUCGUAUCCUCCUAUGCCCCCGAGUCGCGACGACGCUGUGUCAAUAUCAUCUUUUGCUUCCACCUCGUCAAGGAAAGCACGUCCUGAAUCACUGCUCAUCACUCCAACAAGCGACCCUUUGGUGUUAGGUGUGGCGUUAGUGGACUUCAAUCAUCUCGUCGGGCCCAGAAUCGAGUACUCCGCCGGAGACGUAUUUGAAGACGAGGAGGUCGCGAAAAUCCUCCCAUUCCUUGCUCUCCCUGACGGUGCACACUUGAGCGUGGAGGACUAUUCCUAUUUCCACCUUGUGAAACCUGGGCUGAACCCGACGACGAUAUUCGGCAUUUCGUGUAACCAGCAGAUACCGGCUUCAGAACUUCUCGUCAAAGGUCCCGAUGUCACUCGCUCUACCGUGCAAAAGGCCGUCGUCGUGCUCGCGUCGAAGCCUGUGUUUGGGCCGAUACGAGACAAAUUGCGUGUCGUAACAACGGCAUUAUUUCAUCAAAGAGACUUCCGUGAUUCGAGUAUCCUGGAUGACUUCGGUGCUUCGCUAGAGCGUUCAUUACGGACGCAACUCACGGAGAGUGGCCUUUACAUGGGGACGAGCUUGCGGGAAUUGGUUCAUACGUUCAGACAAAGAACGCUUACGCUCGUGAAAGCGCUGAUGCUGCAAAAACGAAUAAUGUUCUUUGGUUACCCUGUUGAGAAACUUUGCACAUUCCAGUAUUCCCUCGUUUCUCUACUCCCAGGUCUAUUACAAACCCUGGACGAUUGUGGUUCCCCUCCUUUGGCUACACGGGCGCCUACACUUUCACGACCUACUUCACUCAAGACGUCAGAUCAUAAGAGCAUGAUGGCGUUCAUGGGACUGCCUCUUGAUAUUUUUGGCAAGGACGCUCUCUUUCAACCCUACCUCCCACUCCAACAACUCGACAUGAUCAAAGGGACACCCAGCUGGCUCUGCGGUUGCACGAAUUCUAUCAUCACGCAUCAGAGCGAGAUCGACCUUCUUGUCCAUACCGACACUGGCAUCCUCGAGUUCCGCGAUCCCGCAUUGGAACGCUCCGCUGGACUGACGGCCGCUGAUAGGAAAUGGAUGGACGACAUCCUCACAGAUGUCAACGAGAAUUGGCACGAUGGCGAUACGACGCAGACGACGGGGAUGCAACAAUUUAAAGGCAGCGACGACUAUCUACGGACUAAGUUCGAGGAGUAUAUCUCAGCUGCACUGUCAUCUGUGAAAUAUAAGGAUUUCGUCAAUAAGGGCGAAAAUGGAGGGGUGAUGAUCACGGGUGGCACUGGCGGCCAUCCGAACUCCAUCGAAGAUUUCAACCCACUCUGGGUUUCGGAGUUUAGGAAGACGAAUACGUAUGAGGUUUGGGAAAGGAUUACUGACCCUCUCUUGUUCGAUAUCGUUGAGCCUCGGCAUCCUUGUACCGAGAAACCGUCGGUGGUGGCUGACAUCGGACUGCGUUUACAAGAGGGUAUUCAAGACCUGAAGCUCGAGCAGCAACUAGCGCCUGCACGCGAAGCCGUCACGAGAACCUUAACGGUGGGAUCGACCAGCUUUUUCAAGGCUGUGGAAGGUGUCAAGGAAAGAUGGGCCCAACGUAGUGCAGGCAGUGCCUCAUCUCCCCCGCUGGGCAAUGAGGAUGCCCUAAGCAAAUCCUCGCGAGCCAGCACACCACCUGUCGAAGUCUCUAAAGCCGAUCUGGAAGACACACCUCGGACGGCUCGCCCUUCGGAUUACAACCCGAGACCGAACCUCCGCCCGUUCUCAUUAACGAGCACCAACUCCCUGCCGUCUAGCUCGCCUACAAGCCCAGACGCGGCAGGGAAUAGUACCCCGAGCGCCUUGAAGCCGCUCUCCGCAUGGAGCGCUGGAAUUGGGUCCUUCCUCUCCGCGAAAGCACCCAGGUUUUCAGUGCUCAAGACACCGACAACGGCGCGGCCAUCAGCGACCAGUGCUCCGACCACGCCAUAUUCGCCGCCGUUUGGCGAACCGGAGGGGUCGCCGCUGUUUAAUGGGAUGAGCCCUGGCACAAGCCCAGGUGUGAGCCCUACGCCGAACGUUGUCCCAACCAUCAGUAUCGCGAGCGUGCUUAGCUCAAGUGCGGCGAGCGAGGUGAAGGAGGUCAAGCCGGUUGAGGUGCCAGUUGAGGUGAAGGAGGCCAAGGUGGCUUCAGGUUAA